GUCUUGACAACUUUUUCCCCAUCACUUCCGGGCUGAUAACAAGGGCCAUAGAUGCCCGCAGAUUUCCACUAAAAUCUCUUAGUUUGAUGUAUAGAUUGGCACCAUAGCUUUGAUGUUUGGGCGUGACAUGAUGACAAAAGCCAGCAAAUGAUUUUGGUGUAUUGACGAAAUUAUUCCAAGAGCCGCGAGAGUAGCGGGCGAGGAAGAGGUUUAGGUAGUCCCUCACCGUUUCUUCCAUUUGGUGCCAAAUGAAUGACCCACCCACCCCUGGCCUUUGUGUCCUUGUGCCAGAGAGAGCGAGAGAGGAAGUGAACAGGAAUACUGCUGCUGAGGAGAGGAUAGGGAUGUGCCUCCUCCCCAGACAUUGAUUUAUCACAUUUUCCUGCCAGUCUACACCCUGUCCCUGCAGCUGUCUGGUGCAGAUAGGAUACAGACCCAAACACAGGACGGUGCAAGACACAGAACCCAGCAAUACAGUUUGGUAGAGCUUUGUCUGCACGCCAUAUUGUUGAUUGGUUGUUGUUCUGUAGGUUCACCGUUGAUUAGGUAUUAUCUGAUACCUGCUCGCCUAGCAUGACUACCAGUAUUGGUGACCUGAGUCUUCUACCGAGCAGCGUCUGUUAGUCAGUCCAUCAAGCAGAUCCACCAAAGGGACCACCAGUGCAUGACAAGGAACACAACCGGUCUCCAAAAGAAGUAUCUGGGUGUGUCCCUCACCCUUCCUGCCCCGCCCACCUCAACUGACUCCACCCCCUGACCCUUGAACCCUGACCUGCAAGAUGAAACUGAAAGAGGACAUGAACCCGCUGCUGCUGCAAGUCUUCCGCUCAGUGGUCUGGGUCUGCUCUUUCAUUACCUUCCUGCCAUGGUACUUCCUCUCGGGUGCCGGCACCAACCUAGACCGGGCACGGCGGGUCAAGGCGCGGUCGGUGAGUGGGCGUCCAGCGGGCCCUUACCGGGCGACCAACCAGGUGGGCGGUAUCCAUCAGAAGCUGGUGUGGUCCUUGCACCUGGGGGUGGACACCCUGGACAAGGUGAUGGUGCAUGGGGCGACCAGGUUCCCAGAGAGGGACUGCCUGGGCACCAGAGAGGUGCUGAACGAGGAGGACGAGCUCCAACCCAACGGGAAGGUCUUCAAGAAGGUUAUCCUAGGGGAGUAUCAGUGGAUGUCGUACGAGGAGACCUACCAGGCAGCAGUGUGUUUUGGCAGUGGUCUGGCCGCGCUGGGCCAGAGGCCUCAGUGUAACAUCGCCAUCUUCUGUGAGACCAGGGCCGAGUGGAUGAUAGCAGCACAGGCCUGCUUCAUAUACAACUUCCCACUGGUGACGUUGUACUCUACUCUGGGCGGAGCGGCCAUCGCCCACGGUCUCAACGAAACGGAGAUCACCCACAUCAUCACCAGCAAAGACCUGCUACACAGCCGUCUCAUGGCCAUCCUGUUAGAGGUGCCUCGGUUGCAGCACAUCAUCGUGGUGGACAGUAAGCCAACCAGCUGGCCUGGCUUCCCCCGCGGCAUCAUGGUCCACAACUUGGUCGCCGUGCAGGAGCUGGGUGGUAGACCUGACAACAUGGCGGUGGCACGCCGGCAGCCCCUGCCCUCUGACAUCGCUGUCAUCAUGUACACCAGUGGCUCCACCGGCAUCCCCAAGGGUGUGAUGAUCUCCCAUAGCAACAUCAUCGCGGGCAUCACGGGCAUGGCAGAGCGCAUCCCAGACCUGGAUGAGACAGACACCUACAUUGGGUACCUACCGUUGGCUCAUGUUCUGGAGCUCAGUGCAGAGAUGGUGUGUAUCUCUCACGGCUGCCGCAUCGGAUACUCCUCCCCACAGACGCUAGCAGACCAGUCGACAAAGAUUAAGAAGGGCAGUAAAGGAGACACCAGUGUUCUGAAGCCUACACUCAUGGCUGCUGUACCGGAAAUCAUGGAUCGCAUCUAUAAGAAUGUGAUGACCAAGGUGGAGGAGAUGAGCAGUGUGCAGAGAACCCUGUUUGUGUUGGCCUACAACUAUAAGAUGGAACAGAUGACCAAGGGCUACAGGACCCCGCUCUGUGACAGUCUGGUGUUUAGGAAGGUGCGCUCCUUAUUAGGAGGUCACAUGCGGGUGCUGUUGUCGGGCGGAGCGCCCCUUUCUGCCGCCACCCAGCGCUUCAUGAACAUCUGCCUCUGCUGUCCCGUGGGCCAGGGCUACGGCCUCACCGAGACCUGCGGAGCUGGCACCAUCAGCGAGAUGUGGGACUACAGCACAGGCCGGGUCGGAGCUCCUCUGGUCUGCUCUGAGAUCACCCUCAAGGACUGGGAAGAGGGCGGUUACUACAGCACAGACAAGCCCAACCCAAGAGGUGAGAUUGUGAUCGGCGGGCCCAAUGUGACCAUGGGUUACUACAAGAACGAGGUGAAGAACCGCGAGGACUUCUUCGUGGACAGCAACGGCCAGCGCUGGUUCUGUACGGGAGACAUCGGGGAGCUCCACCCUGACGGCUGCCUCAAGAUCAUCGACCGUAAGAAGGACCUGGUGAAGCUCCAGGCUGGGGAGUAUGUGUCUCUGGGGAAGGUGGAGGCCAUGCUGAAGAACUGCCCUUUCGUAGACAACAUCUGUGCUUACGCAAACAGUGACCAGUCAUAUGUGAUUGGCUUUGUGGUGCCCAAUCAAAAGCAGCUGACAGUGCUGGCGGAGCAGAGAGGGUUACGGGGCAGCUGGGAGGAGAUCUGUAACAACCCUGACAUGGAAAGAGACGUCCUCCACAUCAUCACCGAGGCCGCCCUGUCAGCCAAACUUGAGCGCUUUGAGAUCCCUAAGAAGAUCCGUCUUAGUGCAGAGCCCUGGACCCCAGAGACUGGCCUGGUUACGGAUGCAUUCAAACUCAAACGCAAGGAGCUCAAAUCACAUUACCAGGAUGACAUCGAAAGGAUGUAUGGUGGCAAGUAACACACACACACUCUCUUUAAGACACACACAGGUAAAGACAUAUGCAAGGAAUCUAAAAAAAACACUACCAAGAUGACAUGGAGACUGGAGAGGAUGUACGGCGGCAAGUUAAACACACACACACACACACACACACACACACACACACACACACAGAGAGAGAAGGAAUGACCCAUUGUACUUCCUCAACCUCUUGACUUCCCUUCCGACUAGUUACAAUCAAACGGAAAAGAACUCUGGAAAAGAACUCUGUCAGUCAAUCCAGACCCCCAACAAAGACGGAGAGGCCAAGCCAGUUGGAGCAACAUCCAUUGCUUCUCUUCUUCAAAGGUUUUUCUGGGUCUGUGUGUUGCUAUGAUGACGGUGGCAUCGUUGACAUGACCCGGCGGAGACACAGGAAAUGACAAGUUUGUACAAAAGACUGCUUCGGCACUAUGUCCAUGCCCCCCACACACACACACACACACACACACACACACACACACACACACACACUUUGGCAUGUGUGUGUAGUCCAGACACCUGAUGGGAGACUGGUUUGUUGUGUUACUGUGGCCUGAGUUGUGUUCAUUAGGUACCAAACGGAAGAAAACUGACUGAAACAGGGAACGACUACCUAAACUUGUCCAAUAAGAAACACUUGUUUUCCGUUGAAAAAAAUUUUGCUACAGUAAACACCAAUGAAUAUGACCCUGAAAAAGGAGGCCUGUCGGUUAAAAUGUCCCCUAUCCAGGUUUGAGUCUAUGCAGGGAUCUCUUUUCUUGUAUAUGUUUUUUUUGGGGUGUAGUGAUAUUUGUUGUUCUGUUCAUGUUUCAUUAUGAUUCUUUUAACGUAAACGGUUUAUCUUCAUUCGCUUCCGAAGCCCAUUCAAUGAACAUCUUGUGUCUGAGAGAAGUCAGUGUUGUGAAGCCAUGAGAGAUUUUUUAAAAAGCAACUCGCGUUCUUAAUUUGCUUUUCUUAUAUUUUUCUGAACGGUUUGUUUCUCAUUUAUAUUGAUUACCAAACUGACAUUUUGUUACUCUUUUCCUCUUUUUUUUGUGUGUGAAUUUCCUCAGUUUUUCUCCUGGUUCUAUUCCAUUUCUCUAUUGGUUCUAUUCUAUGGAAGAGUAUGUGUUAAGUGAUUUGACUAGAUGAAGUCCUGUCACUCUUUUACUGUGUGUUAGUGAUGUAAUCUCCUUCUGGCUCUGUUCCUCUGUGGCUGGCUAUGGGCUAAUGUGAUGUGCCUGGGUUGGCUCGUAGAACCUGUUUGUCAUAAAUAAUCAGUGUUGGGGAAACUACUCUGAAAAUAUAGUUUACCAAGUUACCAAUUACUUCACACUGGAAGAAGUUAAGCUACACUACAGCUCCCCUUAAGAAAACUAUAUUCUACUUAACUGAAGUAGUUCACUACAUCCAAACUACUUUGUAAAAAUUUAGCAUAUCUGAAAUGUCAGUGACUACAAAUUGCAAGACAGAUCACUCUGGAGUCAAUGUUAACAGAAUGUGUAAAUUAGCCUAUUAAAAACAAACUGGUUCAAGGGAUAAUUAGGCAGA